CGAAAUUUUUAAACCGAUCAUCUGCGUCUCUUGUAAACAGACAGUGGACUUGUUGCCAAACUGGACGCGGUGCAUCUGACAGCUAUCUUACUCCGCCUCCUCGCGCUCUUCGGCCUAUGGCUGGUGUCGUCUGCUAGCCAGUUUGAGCAGGCGACUCGAGCAAACACCACAAAAAAGGUGCCUCUGGCUUUCAUUACCACACUGUUGACUAAAGAGUUUUGGCGGCCGCUGGCUUCAUCGCAACCAUUCUUUUUCUCAAUGUCUCCCUAGAUCUAGUCUCGGGGUCUGGACAAGGGUUAAGAGCAGACGACAGCCGCCUUGAGCGGUCCGUGUGCUUUAGGUUAGGCCUGGAGCGCCUGUGAUCAGUGUGUUAAGGAGGGAUAUACGUUUACAGUGAAAUGGCGGACUUAAAUAAGGCAGUGUAUGUGUUUUUACUUUUAAUGAUAUAUGGAAAUACUUGUUCAUACGGAGCAAGGCGGCGCACAAGGAACACUUCCCAAGUCCCCAUGUACUUCAAUGGGCAUCCAGUGGGUGAGGCAUCCUGAAAACUGUUCUCAAUAUUAUAUAUGUGGGUUUGGUAAGCCUCGCUCACUCGCAUGUCCUCAUUAUUCUGUGUGGUCUAAUAAAUAUAAAAAUUGUGUGCCUGCACUGUCAAGGUGGGAUGAUUGUAAUAAGAUCGACAAGCCUAGGUGGGGACAAUAUCCCAUUUAUACACCUCCUUCUAACAGGGUAAGGACUACAACAGAAAGUGUUACAUUCCCUCCGCAAACGUCUCCGGCUACGUGGGAUAGAACUACUGCAUGGUGGCAGCGAACGUCAAUACCAUGGCAACAACGCACAUCGCCAUCUUGGAAACGUACAACGUCCCGAUGGCGGCGACGGACAACACCGUGGCAGUGGACGACGUAUAGGUGGCAUACGACGACGAUGCCAUGGGAGACGACUACAUACACUUGGCAAACACAAGAAUGGAGAACCAACGCGCCAUCAUGGCGAACGAAAGCGCCCGAAUGGCGAACGGAAGCACCCGAAUGGAGAACAAAAGCACCCAAAUGGAGAACAAAAGCACCCGAAUGGAGAACAAAAGCACCCGAAUGGAGAACAAAAGCUCCUGAAAUGCACACAGAUGCACCCGAAUGGAGAACGAAAACUCCAAUAUGGCGGUCGAAAAAACCUGACUGGUGGACAAAGUCCCCCAGAUGGAGAACGAGAUACCCCCGAUGGCAAACCACAACAUUGUGGAGAACGACAUCGACGACAACUACUUCUACUACAACAACAACCACAACUACAACACCAACUACAACCACUACCACAACCACAACUACACCGCCUACUACAGAACGGAUAUCUACAAAACCCAUCUCUAUACCUGAUAGGAAACAAAGUUCUACAAAAAUACCUAACUACAAUGCAGAAUGUGGAGUGGCAAUUACAAACAUGAUUGUGGGUGGUAUCCCGUCCUCAGAAGGAAGAUGGCCUUGGGUUGUCUCUCUUCGACUGACGUGGGCCAAACGUCACGUGUGUGGCGGUACCCUCGUUCACCCUCAAUGGAUAGUGACGGCGGCACAUUGUGUGCAUGGGAACCAGUUUGAGAAAGCCGGCGACUGGAGGGCCGUGUUCGGAGAGCACCAGCAGGGCGUCAACUCAGGAAGGGAGACCCGACGGGAGAUCGAUCUCAUUGUCAAAAAUCCCGAGUUCGUGAACGGUGGCAACUACCCCAACGACAUCGCGUUGAUGCGGCUGAAGGAGGCGGUUGACGUCACGGGCUUCAGUAUCAGACAUGCAUGUUUACCCUCAAAGGAAGAGCAGUUCGAGCCUGAGGACGACUGUUGGAUUAUGGGAUGGGGGGAAACAAAAGACUUCGAGGACCAGAGUCUUCUGCAGGAGCUCAAGGUGACAGUGAGGACAAACAACGAGUGUGCCGCUAGGUGGGGCUGGAAGCGCAUCCUCAACUCCCACGUGUGUGUGGGCAAUGGAGAUGGCGGCGCCUGCAAUGGGGAUUCCGGCGGCCCGCUCGUUUGUUCUCGUGGCGGUUACUAUUUCCUCGUGGGUGUGACAUCAUGGGGAGUCAGUGGCUGUCAGACAUCAGGCUACCCCCAGUGUGUUUUCACGUGUUUCGUUCUAUGACAAAUGGAUACAGGAUAUGAUACGGACGUACUCAAAGAAAUCAUAAAAAGGCAACUAAUAGACAAUUUUAUAUAUAUGUGAAAUAUUAUACAUACAUAUGGUAAAUAGAUUGUAUAUUGUAAAUAAAUAUUUUUGUUCUUA